UUAACAAAAUUAACUUCUUCUUCUUUUUCAGAAAUUUAUAAAUUGAUUAUAUAGAGACAGUUGAUGGUUACAAAGCAAUGAAUGCUCGUUGGUCUACUCCUCAUUCUUCUCCGCAAAAAUAGGAAUAAAUUAAAAGGAAAAACAAAAACAUUUUUUUUUCCCAUUCUUCUGUGAUUUUGAGAUUGUCUCUCGUGAAUUCUUUAAUUCUGGAAAACAGAAACGAAAUUAUUUUCAAAGAUGAAGAUGAUUCGCCAUGAUCAUGUUUCUUACUAAACCAGAAGAGGGCAUUUCAAGAACGUAGCAGACGCAAUCUCUCGAUUCUCUGUUUCUUUGUUUUUGUGUCGAAAUAUUUUUCUCGCAGAUUCAUCAAUGUCGGUUCUUUCAUCUCGGACAGGACGAGAUCGUCAACGUUACGACAACAACUUCCGUCUCGUUUCUGGAUGCAUUCCGUAUAGACUGAUUAAAGAUGUGGAAACUGAAGAAGACACAAGUGCUGACUUUGUAAACAAGCUUGAAGUUCUUAUGGUUUCAUCUCCUAAUCGACAUGAUCUUGUCUUCCCUAAGGGAGGAUGGGAAGAUGAUGAGACUGUUCUUGAAGCUGCUUCUCGUGAGGCCAUGGAAGAAGCAGGAGUUAAAGGAAUACUUAGAGAAGUUUCAUUAGGAGUUUGGGAAUUUAGAAGCAAAAGUAGCAGCUUGGAGGAUGAAUGUUUUGGUGGAUGCAAAGGAUAUAUGUUUGCAUUAGAGGUAACCGAAGAGCUCGAGGAUUGGCCAGAACGAGAGAAUCGCGAGAGGAAAUGGUUGAAUGUUAAAGAAGCAUUGGAGCUGUGUCGGUAUGAGUGGAUGCAGAGAGCACUUGAAGAGUUUUUGAGAGUAAUGGAAGAAGAAGGAAAAUUGAGAACAGAGGAAGGGACAGUGCAGGAUUCUCCAAAGCUAGAGGAGUGUCAAAUAGAUCCUUGGUAUGCAAUUUGGACACCAAAUGCAAGAAGACAAAAAGACACAAAAGAGAAAUCAACUAAUCACACACACUUCAAUGCUUGAGGAUUGACUAUAAAAUCAACUGAAUUACCCUUAAAAUCCAAAUCCCUAAGCAUAUGUCACAUGUUCUCCCAUUGAAAGUUUAGUUAGGCUUCUUGACAUUUGAACAGCUUUUGUCUUAAUCUAAAAUGACAAUGAAUGUCCUUGUCACCACUUGGCUUGGCU